AUGCUUGACCCAUCAUCAAGCGAGGAAGAAGCGGAUGAGAUUGUGGAAGAAGAACGCAAAGUGGUGGUUCCACCUAAGGCAGGGGCUCGCGUGUCUCCAAGUCGGACCAGCGAGAGCUCUGGCGGGUUACAACCCAGUCGGAGCAGCAAUGUCCGUCCAUCAAGCCCCAGCCCUUCGGUUGCGAGCGAGAAGGAAAAGGAGGACUUGGAAAAGAUGCAGAGAGAGGAAGAAGAACGUAAAAAGAGGCUUCAGCUAUAUGUCUUUGUCAUGCGGUGUAUUGCCUAUCCCUUCAAUGCUAAGCAGCCGACUGACAUGGCGAGACGACAACAGAAGAUCAGUAAGCAACACCUUCAAACAGUGAAGGACCGCUUCCAGGCGUUCCUGAACGGAGAAACGCAGAUCGUAGCCGACGAGGCCUUCAUCAACGCAGUUCAGAGUUACUAUGAGGUCUUUCUGAAGAGUGACCGCGUGUCGAGGAUGGUGCAGAGUGGAGGCUGCUCGGCCAACGAUUCCAGGGAAGUGUUCAAGAAGCACAUCGAGAAGCGUGUGCGGAGCUUGCCCGAGAUCGACGGUUUAAGCAAGGAGACGGUACUGAGCUCCUGGAUGGCCAAGUUCGACACCAUCUACAGAGGGGAAGAGGACCCACGCAAGCAUCAGCAACGGAUGACUGCCAGCGCUGCCUCGGAACUCAUCCUCAGCAAGGACCAACUUUACGAGAUGUUCCAGCAGAUCCUCGGCAUCAAGAAGUUUGAGCACCAGCUCCUCUACAACGCCUGUCAGCUGGACAACCCAGACGAACAGGCCGCUCAGAUCAGGAGAGAACUGGACGGACGUCUUCAGAUGGCUGAUCAGAUUGCAAAAGCUGGCAAGUUUCCCAAGUUUGUAUCCAAAGACAUGGAGGCCAUGUAUAUUGAGGAGCUGAAGUCAUCUGUGAACCUGUUGAUGGCUAAUUUGGAAAGCAUGCCCGUGUCUAAGGGUGGAGAAUUCAAACUGCAGAAGCUGAAGAGAGGCCAUAACACUUCUAUCAUUGACAUGGGACAGGAGGACGAGAAUCAGCUCUCCAAGUCUGAUGUUGUUCUUUCCUUCACUCUGGAGGUGGUGAUUAUGGAGGUACAGGGCCUAAAGUCACUGGCACCCAAUCGAAUUGUCUACUGCACCAUGGAGGUGGAGGGGGGACAGAAGCUCCAAACGGACCAGGCUGAGGCCUCUAAACCAACAUGGGGAACUCAAGGUGACUUCACUACUACACACCCUCUCCCUGCGGUUAAGGUGAAACUGUUUACAGAGAGCACUGGAGUUCUGGCACUGGAAGAUAAAGAGUUAGGGAGGGUUGUGUUACAUCCAACGCCAAAUAGCCCAAAGCAGUCUGAGCUCCAUAAAAUGACCGUGUCCAAAGGCUGUCCUGAUGACCUGAAGAUCAAACUGGCAGUUCGCAUGGACAAACCGCAAAACAUGAAACACUGUGGAUACCUAUGGGCUAUUGGGAAAAAUGUAUGGAAGAGAUGGAAGAAAAGAUUCUUUGUCUUGGUGCAGGUUAGCCAAUAUACCUUUGCCAUGUGCAGUUAUAGAGAGAAGAAAGCCGAGCCAGUGGAACUGCUCCAGCUGGAUGGAUACACUGUGGACUACACUGACCCUCAACCAGGUCUGGACGGUGGCCGGGCGUUUUUUAACGCUGUGAAGGAGGGUGACACUGUGAUUUUCGCCAGUGAUGAUGAACAGGAUCGCAUCCUUUGGGUACAGGCCAUGUACCGUGCCACGGGCCAGUCCCACAAACCCGUGCCGCCCACGCAGGUGCAGAAACUCAACGCCAAAGGAGGCACCGCCCCUCAGCUGGACGCUCCGAUCUCUCAGUUCUACGCAGACAGGGCACAGAAACACGGCAUGGAUGAGUUCAUCUCUGCCAACCCCUGUAGCUUUGACCACGCCUCGCUCUUUGAGAUGAUGCAGCGUCUCACUCUCGACCACAGACUCAAUGACUCCUACUCCUGUCUGGGGUGGUUCAGUCCAGGCCAGGUCUUUGUACUGGAUGAAUACUGUGCCAGGAAUGGGGUGCGGGGGUGUCACAGACACCUAUGUUAUCUGAAUGACCUGUUGGAGAGAGCAGAGAACGGAGCGAUGAUUGACCCCACGCUGCUCCAUUACAGCUUCGCCUUCUGCGCCUCCCACGUCCACGGCAACAGGCCUGACGGGAUCGGCACGGUCACUGUGGACGAGAAAGAGCGGUUCGAGGAGAUCAAAGAACGUCUGCGGAUGCUUCUAGAAAACCAGAUCACGCACUUCAGGUAUUGCUUUCCGUUUGGUCGCCCAGAAGGGGCAUUAAAAGCCACUCUGUCUCUGUUGGAGAGGGUACUGAUGAAAGACAUUGUGACCCCAGUGCCUCAAGAGGAGGUGAAAGCCGUGAUCCGUAAAUGUUUGGAACAGGCGGCUCUGGUUAACUACCAGCGUCUUUCAGAAUAUGCCAAAGUGGAAGGAAAAAAGAGAGAAAUGUAUGAGCAUCCUGUCUUCUGCUUGGCGUCACAAGUGAUGGAUUUAACCAUUCAAAAUGUAGGCCGAUUAGUCACACCCGCCAAAAAACUAGAGGAUACCAUCCGUCUGGCUGAGCUGGUUAUCGAGGUCCUUCAACAGAAUGAGGAACACCAUGCUGAGGGUAAAGAGGCUUUUGCCUGGUGGUCAGAUCUGAUGGUGGAACACGCAGAGACGUUUCUGUCUCUCUAUGCAGUGGACAUGGAUGCCGCCCUGGAGGUUCAGCCCCCCGACAGCUGGGACAGCUUCCCGCUUUUCCAGCUGCUUAACGACUUCCUGCGCACAGACUUUAACUUGUGCAACGGGAAAUUCCAUAAGCACCUGCAGGACCUGUACGCGCCCCUUGUGGUCAGAUACGUGGACCUCAUGGAGUCCUCCAUAGCACAGUCAAUACACAGGGGAUUUGAACGCGAGUCCUGGGAGCCUGUCAAGAGUUUAACAAGUAAUCUACCCAAUGUGAAUCUACCAAAUGUGAACCUUCAAAUGCCCAAAGUACCAAACCUUCCAGUGCCAGUUAAUCUUCCACAAAUGCCUAGCUUUUCAACUCCCAACUGGAUGACCGCUAUAUAUGACUCGGAUAAUGGCUCCGGCACCUCGGAGGACCUCUUUUGGAAACUGGACGCUCUGCAGACAUUCAUCCGAGACCUACACUGGCCAGAGGAAGAAUUUGGAAAGCACCUGGAAACUAGACUCAAACUCAUGUCCAGUGAUAUGAUAGAGUCUUGUGUGAAGAGAACAAGGGCGGCCUUCGAGGCGAAGCUUCAGAAGAGCAGCCGGACAACAGAUUUCCGCGUUCCUCAGUCAAUAUGCACCAUGUUCAACGUUAUGGUGGACGCCAAGGCCCAGUCUGCCAAGCUCUGUGCCAUGGAACUCGGCCAGGAGAGGCAGUAUCACUCUCAAAUCGACAAUCUCAUUGAGGAGACAGUAAAGGAGAUGAUUACUCUACUAGUAGCAAAGUUUGUCGUCAUACUAGAAAGUGUUUUGGCCAAGCUCUCGCGCUAUGAUGAGGGUACUCUCUUCUCCUCCUUCCUCUCGUUUACAGUGAAAGCUGCCUCAAAAUAUGUGGAUGUACCUAAACCUGGGAUGGAUGUUGCCGACGCAUACGUGACCUUUGUGCGUCACUCUCAGGACAUCCUGCGGGAUAAGGUCAAUGAGGAGAUGUACAUAGAAAGGUUAUUUGAUCAAUGGUACACCAGCACCAUGAAUCUCGUAGGCACGUGGUUAACUGACCGAAUGGAUCUACAGCUCCAUGUCUACCAGCUGAAAAUCCUCAUCCGAAUUGUAAAGAAAAAAUAUCGCGAUUUCCGACUACAAGGGGUGCUAGAUUCCACUCUGAACAGUAAAAUGUAUGAGACGGUACGAAACCGGCUGACCCUGGAGGAGGCAACUGCGUCAGUGAGAGAGGGAGGAAUGCAAGGGAUCUCGAUGAGAGAUAGCGAUGAAGAGGAUGAUGAGUGA